CAGAGUGAGACGUCAUUAAGUUUAUGGCUACCUCCUUAAUUUUUCCUCCACUGUCUGUCACCUGCGGAUGAGAGUCAAGCUAGCGAAAAUUAGCCGUAAUGUUACCUACCAGAUGUGAAUGUUACUGUUGUAGUAGGUGUAAGUAGGCUACAUUAUCAAAAAUAAAAGCAAAACCCUUCUGAAAAUGACAGCAACACUGGGAAGCUUUGCAGAAAUGUUCCGUAGAAUUAAUGGGUUGAACAGGAAACAGCAGUGCUAAUACACAGUCUAAUGUGUUUAUUUUGAAAGUUGUGACAGGAAAUGUGGAAAUGUAAUAGCUUUCUUACUGACUAACUUGACGGUGGUCACCUGCUGCAGCAGAGUGGAGGAGGAGAGCGAGAGGAUGAGCGGCAGUGAGGUACCCGGGGGUGACUGGAGUAAUCCUCUCCCCUGAACACAGUAGGCCUUACGUUUCAGGAUGAAUCUUCCAUCUUAGUUUAAUGUUAGCACAUAGAGCGAACAGCUCUCGGGGAUACAGUGCCAGUCCUAAAUUGGCACAAUUUUCUGAAUCCCAAAACCAACAAAUUAGGGCUGAGCGCGGAAAAAUCACAUUAACAGGCAUCGACACUUCUAGCUCGCAUCGCCGGGAGAUGAAGGUCCGCCGUUAAGGUCUUGGGAGCACCGCACUCGGUCAGAAAUUUGCCAAAAUUACGACGGGAAUCAAGUACAGCUCCCUGUCUCCCGGCAACGGGAGAGACCACCGGCCGCUCGUGAUGUCUCGUGCCAAGGAGCGGCUGAAAGGCGGGAAUGAGACCAAGGACAGCGUAACUCUACUGCCGUGCUUUUAUUUUGUAGAGCUCCCUAUCCUGGCCUCCUCUGUUGUCAGUCUUUAUUUCCUGGAGCUGACUGAUAUUUUCCAGCCGGUGCAUUCUGGGUACAGUUGUAAUGAUCGUAGUCUAUCUCUGCCCUACAUCCUGCCCAGACAGGAAGUCUGCCCAUUGCCUCUGCUCUUCAGCUUGGCGUUUGCCGCUCCUACUGUCACUAUUCUCAUAGGAGAGGCCAUUCUGUACUGCUAUCUGUCCAGGAGGUCAUCAGCCACACAGACUGAGGCCAACAUCAACGCUGCAGGCUGUAAUUUCAACUCCUACAUUCGCAGGGCUGUACGCUUCAUAGGUGUCCAUAUCUUUGGCCUGUGUGUGACAGCACUGAUAACUGAUAUUCUCCAGCUGUCUACUGGUCAACACACUCCCUACUGGUUGGAUGUGUGUAAACCCAACUUGACCCACAUUAACAUGUCCACUUGUGAUGAAGCCUUUAUUCUGGAGGAUAUCUGCUCUGGACAAGACAUUGGGCUCAUCAAUGCUGGGAGGAAGUCUUUCCCCUCCCAGCAUGCAACUCUGGCUGCCUUUGCUGCUGUCUACAUCUCAAUGUAUUUCAACACAGUGCUGACAGACUCGGCCAAGCUGCUGAAGCCUCUCCUGGUAUUCUCGUUUGUCAUGCUGGCCAUCUUGGCCGGGUUAACCAGGAUCAUCCAGUUCAGAAACCAUCCCGUCGACGUCUACUGCGGAUGGAUACUGGGAGCUGCCAUUGCAGUUUAUCUGGGUGUGUAUGCAGUGGGGAAUUUCCAGCCCAGUGAAGAUCGGUCCAGAAGUCGACCAUCUCCCCCCACCCUGAGAGAGCCCCCACUCUCCUCCCUACCCAAUGUCAGCCAAUCAACAAUUAGCAACAGCCACCAAGGUCACCACACCCUGGCUCCCAGCCAACCAGAGCCCAUCAUCACAAGGACUUCUUCCCACACCUUGUCCCCCAACCGACCACAGCCCAUCCUAACACGAAGUUCCUCCUACCGAGAGCCCUCUCUGUCCAAUCUCAAGAGAGCCAGUGCUGAGGUGGAAGUGAUAAGUCCAUCCAGUCCCCUGGGCAACCAUGACAACAUGACAACUUUUAGCAGCAGCACACUGCCAAGGUCCCAUGGAGGUUCCUCUUUUGACGAGGGUCGCAUUCCUCGGCGUCAUGCCUCCAUCCAUGCCUCAAUGGACUCAACCCGAUCCAAACAACUGCUCAGCCAAUGGAAGAAUAAGAAUGAUAACAGGAAGCUGUCCCUGCAGGUGAUGGAUGGAAUAAGACCAGCCUCCUCAUCAUCUCCUCAGAGGAACAUGGAGCUACGCUGCUCCUCUGAACCUUCUCCCAUGGGCCUAGAGGUAGAGUUCCGUGGAGGAACACAUCUACCGUCAGUUGCUGGUCAGGAAACAGAACUGCGUGCUGGUACCCAUAUUCCUGCUCAGUACAUGAAACUAGCAGCAAGCUCUAUUCCAAUGGCCAAUCAUAAUCACCUGGCCCAUAAUGGCAGCACUGGAUUGGCUGGUGGGGCCAGAGUGUCUAUUCAAUCCCGGCCUGGAUCCUCCCAAUUGGUCCACAUUCCUGAGGAGGAAAACCUCACUAGCAGGGAUCAGGAGAGUGAGUCAGAGGACAGCAUUAUGGAUGGAGGUGGCUCAGUGAGGGAAAAAUGGCUGAGAGUGGCUGAGAAAACCACCAUCCCCUGCAGGCCACUCAGUGCUGGAGGACAGCCUCGUCUCAUGCAGGUGAUAGCCUUAUCCAAACAGCAGGGUCUACUUCACUCUCCUCGGUCAGAGGAUGGUGGUAGCACUGUCAGCUGCACUGGAUCAAUACGGUACCGAGCCCUGACGGAUCAGGACCCAUCACCACCAGCCUCCACCACUGGAGCAGUGGGAGGAGGAGGAGGUUUGGAAAGAAGUGGCAGUAUCGUUCGUGUUGAAGCCCACCCUGAGUCCAGAUCACACAAACCUGUGGUGAAACCUCCCAGCAUUGACGGAAGUGGCUCCUGGAGAUGGAAACCACCAGAACAACGAGCUUCGCUGCGACAGUCAACUUUCACCCUCAACGACCUAAACAGACACACAGACAGCUGUGAUUCACUGAGGGAUGGAGGGUCAGUGGAUGGUAGGAAGAGUGUGACAGGGACUGAAAUGGAGAGCGAGGGGGGCGGAGAUGGAGGGGGAGUGGGAAUGGGAGGAGGAGGUGUAUAUACAAACCAUCCACAUGUUGUACACCCCUUACAUCCCUUACAUCCCAACAACCCCAACAACUACCAGCACCCCAAUUUAAACCCAAGCAAUUCCAACAAUCCCAACUUUAAUAAUGCUCACAUUAACUUCAGCCCCAACUCCACUAACUCCAAUAUGCCGUACACCCCCACUGUCACCUUUGCCCCUCCCUUUCAUCCCCACCCACAGGCCAUUACAACCAUCAGGGUUACUCCAGUGGAGGGAACAGCUGCCAGCAGCGACGGCGGCUCAGACUGCCAGUCAGUUACUUCAUCCAGCCGUGAGUCAACCCUGAGGAGGAAGAGUGACUCCCACAUCGUCCAUGUCCCUGAUCGAGGGCCUACCCCUACCCCCAACCUUGACAACAACCAUGACAGUAACCGCCUCGACAACGAAAGCAGCAACCGUUUCCAUGAAAAUCUACGAAGUUUUCAAGAAAACCCCAUCCACCCAAACCUCCCUAACCACCCCAGCCACCCCAACAGGCAGUUGUUUGGUCGUCCCGGCCCAACCCCUCCCCCCACCUUACCCCGCCCCAUCCUGACUCACACUCCGUCUCCUACCCUGGGGUUGGCUUAUAAAGAAUGACACUCUCAGUGUUAAGUUGAUCCAUCUACACCUGUGAUAAAAAUGUACUCUACUUUCAGUGGAGAUGCUGCUUGGGCCAAACAAAACUUCACAUACGGAAAGAAAAUUUGGUUAUUUCUCGCCACCACCCAGAGUCAAUUAAUAGGAGAUGGCGGCAAACUUGCUAGUCCCACCCACUACCUAUUCACUUGACCAAUCAGGGGACAAUAUAUGGUGUAUUGUGACCCCAUAGCAUCCCAACUGAUUUAGUAAGCAUUAAUGUUGUCUUACUAGGAGACUGUAGGCUUAUUUAAGUCUACUAGCAAUAGGUUCAUGAUCCACUUUGGAUCACAAGCCAUAGAGAGUACAAAUACAAAUAGCCCUGCCCCGGAUCUCCAACCAGCCAGAAAGAACUAUAGUCAGGGGUGAGUUUGACUCAACAUAGGAUUCAACAUUUUUCCUUGUUUUUUUUUUUUGUUUUUUUAUCUUGGAUACACCAGUAAUUUUUUUGUAAAUGUUAUAUAUUGAGUGCACUUGCCUUAUAGGCACAAUGAUAAUGGGCUAAAUAAACUGCUGACCCUUUGACUCACACAGAAGGAGAGACUCCAGCCUCCUCAUCUUGUUCCCUAACUCUCAACUAGCAAGGAUGAAAUCAGCCUAAUGACUCUGUCCCCAUUUUCUCUGACUGCUAGGUCAGCUGUAAAUGGGAUAACAAUCUUAUCACAAUAUUUAUACAUAAAGUAUAUUCUCAGCUUUCAUUCUGUUGUCAGACACAGUAACAUAUAUAACCUUAACAGUGUAACCACAUUAGAUGGAAAUUUGCAUUCAAAGUCCAUAACUGUGCUGUGUUUGUACAUAGAGUUGUGGGUGGCCACAGUGGAAAUGAAAUUCAUGGUCUGAAUUGUGUCUGGGCUAUAAGGAGUCCCUUUGGGGCAAUAACAGUAUCUCUUAGUUCAUGGUGGUAUUGUGUUUGUGUUGGAUAAGAACAAUAUCAUGGGGCAUACAUCGUGUUGAAAUAUAGUAAAAAUAAGCGCUCUAUUUUUUACAUGCUGUGUUUUAUUGGUGUGCAGUGUAUGAAUUAUCCUUAUUGUGUAGUAGCUGUACUGUACACUGACACAUGCAGCAUGUUAAUCAUCUGAACAAUAUUAUACCAUAUACAAGUCCAAAGAAGGAAGUAUUUUAUUUUCUUUGUUUGCUUAACGUUAUGAACUCAUCAUGUCUCCCAGAAUAGAUGUUACUACAGUUGAGUUUUCAAGCAGAUGUUUGGAAAGCUAAUAUAUCGAGAAUAAAGUCAUGAUAUUUUGACAGAAAUGUUGCAGUAUUAUGGAAAUAACAGGGAAAAUGAAAAUACUGUAAUAAUAAAAUGCAAUCAAGUCAGUGUAAUAAGGGACAAAAUGGAUAAAAAGAUUCAAAAAAGUUAAAUAUUAAAAGAUAUAGUUAUAAAUAUAAAAAUCAUUACUGUGCACAAAAAUUGUCAUUUUGAAGACAUGAUAUUACAAGAAUAGAAUACAAGUUUAACAAUAUCAUACAAACAUUCAAAAGCAGAAGGAAUUGUAAGAAUUGUAAUUUUAAGAAAAAUGUUAGUAUUUGUAAAAAAAAAAAAAAAAAAAGAAUUUGUAAAAAAAUUAAUUUUACAAUAAAGCCAUAAUAUUACAAGAAUUCAUUCGUAAUUGCACAAGAUACAAGAACCUUGUCAUAAUUUUAACAAAGCUUUGUUCCAUUUAAAAAAAAUAAAUAAAAAAAUAACAACAAAAUAUUUUAUGUUGUAUGGUAUGGUUGCAAGCAGCUGUUCAUAUAGUUGCAGAAGACUUGACGUGUAUGUCCUAAAAUCGAUAAUAAAAUGGUGCGUAUUUCUGAAACCCAUAACUUCAGAUCCUCAACAAACUAUAGGCUGGUAAGCUACUCUAACCAUUUUACGACAAUAGGAUUAUUUAUAUCUAUAUAUAAAAAGAAUUUUACACUAUCAUUCUGCAAAUGUUAAAUUUUCCUUUGAAUAUCUCAAAUUAAUUUUCAUAAUAUUGCAACCUCUUUUCUGGUGAAACUACAACUUUAUUUGAAAGUUACAGCUUUUCUCUGAAAUUACAACUUCAUACUCAUACAAUUAUGAUUUUUUUCUCAAAACUUUUAUAGCAUAAUGAUUUUUUCCAAUUUAUUGUUGAACCCCCCACCCCCACAUGAAAUUGUACAAUAAUUUUGGUAUUUUGUAUGUGUGGUUAAAGAAAACUCUCAAUGAAUACUGGAGAGAAAUAACCUUUUGAAUGUCCUGCACUGAUCACCUGACAGAACACACCAUUUGGCCUACUCAGAAGACAUGAUCAUUUUCUUAGCCCAGUGUUUAAAUUCCAUGUUUAACUGAGAGCCCAAGUGCCAUCAGAAGAAGAGUCAUGUGGCUAAGGGCUAGUCACAUACAUGUCAGUACAGGAUAGU